AUGGCGUCUGGGACUUUAAGGGCCCGGGGGGGCGGUGUGAGACCCCUGUGCAGGAAUUUUGCCCGUGGAUUCUGUCGCUGGGGCCAGAGCUGCCGCUUCUCACACGACAGAAAGUCAGCCCAGGUCUGCAGGUACUUCCAGAGUGGGUUUUGCAGCCACGGAGAGCGGUGUGGCAUGGAGGUUAAGAAGGAAAAGAAAGGCAAGGAGAACACCCCAGCACCUGAUAAUAUCACCCAUGGGGCCAUCGGUGAAGAAUUUGCCAUCACAGAAGCUCAGGGUGCCUCAGGCUUCCAGCUGCAGCAGUCAGAACUGUAUACAAAUUCCUCUGAUCCUGGAAAGGCUGUGGCGGAGGCAGCAACAUGGACUGACCCUGCAGAGGUGCCCCAGGAGCCAGGCACUGCGGCAGCAGCCAUCAGCACCGCGGCGCUGAGGGCUCGGAGCGAGGCCUUGGUGUGCGGCAUCUGCAUGGAUCGGGUGUACGAGAAGCCACUGCCAGAGGAGAGGCUCUUUGGGAUCCUCCCAAACUGCAGCCACACAUACUGUGUGGGCUGCAUCCGCAAGUGGCGGCGCAGCCGUGACUUCCAGAGUGCAGUCAUCAAGGCCUGCCCAGAAUGCAGGAUCACCUCCAGCUACUACAUCCCUCACAAGUACUGGGUCUCGGAUGUGCACGAGAAGGAGAAGCUCAUCCAGACCUUCAAGGCACGGAUGGGGAAGAUCCGGUGCAAGUUCUUUGUGCAGAACCGCGGCCGCUGCCCGUUCAAGUCGGACUGCAUCUACCUGCACGAGCUGCCCGCCGGCCGGCUGCCGCGGCACAGGCAGCAGGGCCCCGCGGUGUCCGUCGAGUACGCCUUCGUCCUGGAGAGCUCUGGUGAGGAGGACGAGGAGUUCUGCGUGCUCGAAUGGGACCUCAGCUCGGCGGAGACAGACUUCUGA